CCCUCUUUAAAAGGCAGGGCAUCCUCUACUGCAGACUGAAGACCAUUCGAUCAGUAAAGAUGGAGCCCUCACUGGAGUCCUCCUCUCCUUUCCUGCUACAGACUUUAUGGGACAAGAUAAGAGCACAAGAAGACUUUCUCCGCUCUCCCUUGUUCCCUGUCCUGUUCUCCAUGACACUCUAUCUGAGCUGCUGCCUGCCUUACCUGUGCCUGGACACCCUGUCCUCCAGAGUAGCCCUGGUGCACCGCUACAAGAUUCAGUCACAGAGCAGGGUGACCUGGGCAAUGGCAUGGAGCUGCCUGGCUACCUCCCUGCACACCCACGCUGUGUUCAUUUUCCCCCUCAGUGUUCUGCACUGGUACUGGAGACCAGUGGUCCUCCCUGCCCAAGCCCCUGGGUCUCUUCGUGUGGCCUGGGACGUGUUAGCCUGUCUCCUUCUCUUUGACCUGCAGUACUUUGUGUGGCACGUGCUGCACCACAAGGUGCCCUGGCUCUACCGGACUUUCCAUAAGGUGCACCACCGCUACACAGCCACCUUCGCCCUGACCACAGAGCACUCUGGGAUCUGGGAGACCCUGAGUCUGGGCUUAUUUGCUGCAGUGAACCCUAACCUGCUGGGCUGCCACCCGCUCACCAAGAUGUUCUUCUUCACCCUGAACAUCUGGCUGUCUGUGGAGGACCACUCAGGUUAUGACCUGCCCUGGGCCCCUCACAGACUGGUACCCUUUGGGCUCUAUGGCGGAUCUCCACACCACGACCUCCACCAUCUCAAGUUCAUGGUCAACUACGCACCCUACUUCACACACUGGGACAGGCUGUUCGGCUCGCUGCUGCAUACAGACAAACCAGACACGUUUGAUGUAGAUGUGUUAGAUGCUUCAAAAAUAUGUGAUACAGCAUCAAGUGGUGUGACUGAUGUAAGCCACGCACCAGUGUAUGAGACUACACAAAGCUGUGUGAAAGACUAUGAGGUACAGUUCAGAGGAAAAUGAGGAGGACCUUUUCUCUGACUGUUAUUUGGAUUUUUAUGAAUAAUGACUAAAUUAUGUAUACAUUUGCUUAGAACGAAAACUAAACAGAAUAGUACUAUGUCACUGUGUGAAUGUAUGAAUCUUAUCUUUGUUUUUUUAAAUUGCAAAACUGUGAAGAAAAAAAUGGAGAAUCAUGUGACCAAUGGACUAUUACUGUAAAGCUGCUUCAAUACAAUGAAUGUAUGUAUAUGAGUGUAUAUAUGGGUGAUUCUGCAACUUUGGCCACUUUGGCCAUGCAAACUUUCAGAAAGUAAAACUUAUUCAAACACUAUUUUACCAGUAUUGUACUUGUCUUUGAUUUGUCCAGAAACUAUAUCUGAUAAUGGCUGCGAUCAUACUAUUCAGGAAUGUAUAUAUAUUUGUCCCUUUUCCCAGACAGCCAUAGACAAAUGUAAUUUCCAUCACGUCAUUAAACAUCCAUUUUUGUUGAAAAUCUAAAUAUCAUACAAUUGAUUUAUGACGGAGUUCUUAUACAUUUGUGCAGGAACUUGUAUUGAAUAUUAUUUUAAGUGAUUUUUAAGGUUUCACGAUGCCUGAAUGUAUAAACUUGCCUUGCUGACAGCUGAAAACAUUUAUUUAUCAUGAAAAAUAAGAUAUUUCCACCCAACCUUUUUGUGAGAUUAUGAUAACAACCGUAUGAUUUCCACAUCUAAAACAAAUAAAUGUAUGUAAAUUAAACAUAAUAUACUAAUUUACCUCAAAAAUAUGGGUUGUGAUGGAAAUGACAAGGUGUGGUGGAAAUGUGUAAAUGUGUAAAUGUGAAAUGACUUCUAUGUUAAAAAU